CGCUGAUGGUCCGCCAUAUUGUGUAGGUCACAGGUCUGGUAGCCGGUGAGCCACCAUAUUCUGAGGGGUCAGAGCUAAGGCGGAGAUAAUGAGGUCGGUGAGGAAGGUGAAUUCUACACUCGCCAAUCUUGUCGCGAAGAGGCUUUAUUCGCCCAAAGUUGCGGCUAAGCAUGAGUUCACAGCAUCUGCAGAGAAACAACACCUUCCAGCACAGGAAUUGCAGGUAUCUAAAUUGCCAAAUGGAUUAGUAAUUGCCUCUCUGGAGAAUUACUCACCGACCUCAAAGAUUGGAGUAUUUAUAAAGGCAGGAAGCAGGUAUGAGAGUGCCAGUAACUUGGGCAUCACUCAUGCCCUUCGCCUGGCAGCAAACCUGACGACAAAGGGAGCCUCGUCAUUCAGAAUAACCCGUGGCAUAGAAGCUGUUGGAGGCAGUCUGAGUGUGACGUCUACAAGGGAAAACAUGAUCUAUGCAGUGGAAUGUAUGCGCGACUAUGUUGACACUGUAAUGGAGUAUCUGAUCAAUGUUACUGCUGCCCAGGAGUUCAGGACGUGGGAACUUUCGGAACUCCCUUCAAGACUGCAAUUGGAUAGAGCGGUUGCCUUUCAGAAUCCACAAAUAGGUGUUCUGGAGAAUCUGCAUUCAGCUGCUUAUCGUAAUGCCUUGAGCAACCCCCUGUACUGUCCUGGAUUUAUGGUUGGUCAGCACACAGCAGACCAGCUGCACGAAUUUGUACAAAACAAUUUUACAAGUGGAAGGAUGGCUCUUGUAGGGGUGGGUGUGAACCAUACAGUAUUGAAGCAAGUGGGUGAACAUUACCUGAACAUGAGGAGUGGUACUGGUGCAGCUGGUGUGGCGGCUAAGUUCCGUGGAGGUGAAAUCCGUGAUCAAAAUAAUGACCAUCUGGUUCAUGCUGCUGUGGUAGCUGAGAGUGCUGCCUCUGGUACACCUGAGACCCGUGUGUACAGUGUUCUGCAGAAUGUUCUUGCUGCUGGUCCAUACAUCAAAAGGGGCAGUAAUGUGUCCAGUAAGCUGCAUCAGGCAGUGGUGAAGAAAAAUGCGGAUCUAUUUGAUGUUUCGGCAUUCAGUGCAAGUUACUCUGAUUCCGGACUGUUUGGUAUUUACACUAUCUCACAGGUGGAUUCAGCGAGCGACGUAAUCAAGGCUGCAGUGUCUGAAGUUAAGAACAUUGCUCAAGGCAAUGUCACUGAGGCUGAUAUCGCAAGGGCCAAGAAACAAUUAAAGGCCAAGUGCUUGAUGACCGUUGAAACAUCUGAUGGACUGCUGGAUGAGAUUGGCUCUCAAGUAUUGCUAACUGGUGCUUAUGUGCCCACACCUGAUCUGGUUCAGCAAGUUGACUCUGUGUCUGUUAAUGAUGUGGUGAAUGCUGCAAAGAAGUUUGUUUCUGGUAAGAAGUCCAUGGCGGCCAGUGGCAAUUUGUCUAACACACCUUUCCUUGAUGAAUUGUAAAUUUAUUCUUUUAAAUGACCCACCUAUUAGAGCUGUAUUGGCAUUGUAACUAUUAAUAAAAUAUAUCGUGGCCCUUGAA